CACCUACCACACCUCCACCUCCACCUCACCACCAUCACGUCGCGCCUUCUACCACGCCUUCCAUCGCGACUCUCCACCGCCUCUUCUCCAUUCUCCGAGAAACAACAAAGCCACUGGUAACGGCGACGGCCGUGGCCUGCUCUAGCUGGCGUCGCACACGUACCUGAAUACCCCCGCGACCCUCCGCCUUCUUUGUCGGUCUCAUCGCCCUACGAUCCAUCCCGUUGCAUCGCUGCUUGUGCGACAGCAUUCCAAGUACCACUACUAAACCCAUCUCCUACUCCUACGCCGAUUCAACCACUGCCUGCUCGCUGUUCCUCGUCUCUUCCACUCCCUCGCCUCCCAUGGCCGUCUCCAUGCUUCACGCUCCGUCGCGAGCGUCGACCUCCUCUUCCUCCUCCUUCAUCCCCGUCUCGCGACAGAACACAAUGUCUUCUCACGAUGGCUCUCGAUCCGUACGCCAGUCGAAACGAUACUCGGUCACCGCUCUAUACCUGUCCAUGUCCGCCAAGGAUAAGGAUUUGGAAAUUGAAGAUGAUCUAGCUCGAGCCCAGAAAACUUUGCGCGAACUCAAAUCCAAGAUCUCUUCUCAAUCAAAGAAGAACUUCGUCCUCGAAAAGGAUGUCCGCUACCUCGACUCCCGAAUCGCUCUACUAAUUCAGAACCGUAUGGCUUUGGAAGAGCAAAACGAGGUCGCGAGCCAUUUGGAAGAGGGCGAAUUACAGGAGGGGUUCUUUCCCAACGACGAGAAGACGCAAAAAUAUGGAAACCUGCUCUUCCUUUUGCAGUCGGAACCAAGACACAUUGCCCACCUCUGUCGUCUCGUCUCCAUGGCUGAGAUUGACGCGCUCCUGCAAACCGUCAUGUUCACCAUCUAUGGUAACCAGUACGAGAGCAGAGAAGAGCAUUUGCUCCUCACCAUGUUUCAGUCUGUCCUCACAUACCAGUUCGAUAACACACCCGACUACAGCUCCUUGCUCCGCGCCAACACCCCGGUUUCGCGAAUGAUGACCACAUACACCCGCCGAGGUCCCGGUCAGAGUUACCUGAAGGUUGUUCUCGCAGACAGCAUUAACUCCUUGAUCGAAUUGAGGGACCUGGAUCUGGAGAUUAAUCCUCUGAAGGUUUACGAGAAGAUGGUGGCCGAGAUCGAAGAUAAGGAGGGCCAAUUACCCCCCAACUUGCCCAAGGGCGUCACGGCAGAACAAGCCGCAGAGAACGUCACCGUUCAGCAGAUCAUUGCUCCUCGAUUGACGAUGCUCAUGGAGAUUGCAAACAACUUCCUGACAACCAUCAUCAACGGUUUGGAGGAGACGCCCUACGGCAUUCGAUGGAUCUGCAAACAGAUUCGCAGCUUGUCGAAGCGCAAGUAUCCUGAUGCCCAGGACCAGACCAUCUGUACUUUGAUCGGAGGGUUCUUUUUCCUUCGCUUCAUCAAUCCCGCCAUCGUUACGCCGAGGUCCUACAUGCUCAUCGACGCCACUCCAGCCGAAAACCCAAAGCGCACGCUCACCUAUGUCGCAAAGAUGCUGCAGAACUUGGCCAACAAGCCGUCCUAUGCAAAGGAGCCCUACAUGGUUAAGCUUCAGCCGUUCAUUCAGCAGAACAAGGAGCGCAUCAAUAAGUUCCUACUCGAUCUCUGUGAAGUGCAGGAUUUCUACGAGACUCUGGAGAUGGACAACUAUGUUGCCCUUUCCAAACGAGACCUCGAACUGUCCAUCACACUCAACGAGGUGUACGCCACUCAUGCAUUGCUUGAUAAGCAUGCCACUGAACUCGCGAAGGACGAUACCUCCCAUCUCGGCGUGAUUCUGCAAGAACUCGGCCCCGCACCUGCCCAGUUGCCGCGAAAGGAGAACCGAGCGAUCAACCUACCACUCUUCAGCAAAUGGGAAACGUCUCUAGAUGAUUUCACCGCGGCCCUCGACAUUACGCAGGAGGAAAUCUUCUUCAUGGAGGCAAAGUCUACAUUUGUGAUGAUUUUGCGAUCUUUACCACCAAACACUUCCAUCACGCGACGCCCCUUGAGGCUGGACCGAAUUGCCGAGGCGGCCGCUACGACGAAGAAUGACUCUGUCAUGGUGAAGAAGGGCAUCCGUAGUAUGGAAUUGCUCAGUCAAUUGCAAGAGCUUGGCGUCAUCGACAAGGAAGAUUCGUUUUCCCUACUCCGAGACGAGGUCGAGCAGGAGCUUGUGCACUUGGGUUCUAUGAAGGACAAGGUGGUUGAAGAAACCCGAAAACUCGAAGAAGUAUUCCGCACAAUUCGCGACCACAAUGCCUACCUUGUCGGGCAGCUUGAAACGUACAAGUCUUACCUGCACAACGUCCGAAGUCAAUCCGAGGGCAAGACAAGGAAGCAACAGAAACACCAAGUCCUCGGACCUUACAAAUUUACACAUCAACAGCUCGAGAAGGAGGGCGUCAUCCAGAAAAGCAACGUCCCAGAGAAUCGGAGAGCAAAUAUCUAUUUCAACUUCACUAGUCCGUUACCUGGAACGUUCGUCAUCUCGUUACACUACAAGGGUCGCAACCGCGGCUUGCUUGAGCUCGACCUUAAACUGGACGAUCUGCUUGAGAUGCAAAAGGACAACCAGGAAGAUCUAGAUCUGGAAUACGUUCAGUUCAAUGUCUCGAAGGUACUCGUUCUUCUCAACAAGAGAUUCGCUCGGAAAAAGGGAUGGUAGGCAAGGCCUCAACUUUGGUAAUGAAGCUUAUGAUACCCCAUUUUC